GCGGUUGGCCAGAGUUGUCCGGAACGCCGAGCUGUAAGGACGUUCCCUGACCCCGCUCGUGACUCGUCACUACCUGCUUGUCACGCCGCCGUUAUCUGUGAACCUGUGGCGCUGUGCUGCUUUUGCUACUCGCCGGUAUUGUCUCCUUCUGAAAACGGAGUGGCAUCAGUGCUACGCUCUUCCCUUGCUUCACUGUUUUGGAUUUUGGAUACAGUGACUGACUCCGUGCCGAGUGGUUCUUGCGUGUCGGCUAAAGAUCUAAAGAACUCGCGAAUCAUGGGUGAGAUGUGCGUGGACGACAUCGUCAGGGAUCAAGUGAUGGCUCUGCCGAGUGUUCUCAACUACCGAAUCUGGUCGUCAGGGCCAAGAAGUGCCCCCGGCUUGCCUAUCAGACGACACCAAGCGAGCAAGUUGAGGAAGAACUUGUUUGGCCCCGUCGACCACAGCGAGAACUUGAGAUUCGUGCACGAGGAACUUGAGAAGAUCACAAAGGAAGAUUCCGAGCGCUGGAACUUCGACUUCAAGACCGAGCAGCCCAAGGAAGGACGCUAUGAGUGGGUGGCCGUCGGAGAAGGUGCCACGAAGAUGAAUCCGCCGCCACAGCUCACCUGCCUCACUGCAAACAAUGUCAACGUAAAGUCCGUGAAGAGGCUGAGCGCAAGCCCGCCCGCCAAGAUGCGACAGAGACUCUGCACAGAUUACUUCAGACUCAACAAAUCGACGAAACCCAAAGCCAAGAGCGAACGCAAGGCCGAAAGGGAGGUCGUCCCCUCAAGAACGCCGGAAAAAAGAAGUGCAGUGGCGAUUAGAUAAAAAAGGGGAAGUUAUAAUAAGUGUUAUUGGGAACACCAAACGGAAGGAGAACUGUACGAAAAAGAAAAGAAAAGGAAAGACGUGAUGCAGCAAUGCUGUUGUUUUACCCAUUGCUAAUCAGAAUCCGUAAUGGUGUUGCCAAGAAAAAUAGAGCUUUAAUUCCACAAAACAUGAAUUUAUAAAAAAA